CUCCGUCCCUUCAGCUUGCCCUCACAGUGUUGCUCAGAGCCACUGGAGGUUGUGGGUGAGGUCCUGCUCCACAUCUUUGACUGUAGACCGAACACUGUGCCGAGGGGGGUUGACGUCAGUGCGGGGCACGUUAGUUCUCGUCCCUGCUGGUCGGGGUACGAGUAGGGAGCUGGUCUCACCUAACAGAUGUGUCUGGGACACUCCAGUCUAUUUAUUCUAUAAGUUAUAAUCAGAUCCAGAUGAGCAUGAUGGAAGUAUUGGAAGGAUACAGGGUCGACAGAGUUCAAGAAAUGAGGGCUCCCGCACCAGCCGAGGGAUACGUGAAGGAGUUCACGCGCCACUCCAACGACGUGCUGCUGAACCUGAACGAACUGAGGCACCGCAACAUCCUGACUGACACCACCCUGGUUGUCGGCAACAUACAUCUAAGGGCGCACUGUGCUGUGCUCGUGGCCUGCAGCGGGUUCUUCUACUCGCUGUACUCUCACCGUGUGUUGCUUCAGGGGAGAGGUGGCAGCGGGGAUCAGCUCAUGACUGUGUCUCUCCCCGACACCUUGGACCCAUCCAGCAUCUCCCUGCUGCUCGACUUCAUGUACACCUCUCGCCUCCCUCUGACACCGAGCAUCGCCCCUGGGGUGCUUAGUGUUGCAACCUAUUUGCAGAUGGACCACGUGGCUGAUACCUGCCGGGAUUUCAUGCAGCUCCACUGCAGGGAGAAUAUGAGUGCAAGACACCCACAACUGGAGCUGGACUCCCGGGUGUCUGUAGCCUCUGUAGCCCCCAAAGGAGGGGACCUGCCCAAUCUCGGACCCCAGAGAUUACUCCCAACUGCAGUUGCAACAAGGGUCCCUGCGGAGGUCGGGGGCUCUCUCAAGCCAGGGGCUUUCCCAACCUGCCAGCCCAGGUCAAAGGCGAUGAAAGGAGAGCCUGAGUCGCCUCUCAUGGGCACCCCGAUUCCAUCUCCAGACAGCCCCGCCCGCUCCAGCUGCCAACCCAACUCUCCAGCAGAAUCCAACACCUGCAACAAAAACCUUGUGAGUGAUGUCAAAUCCACGCCGGACCCAAAGGCUUGCAACUGGAAAAAAUACAAGUACAUCGUCCUCAACCCUCUCUGUGCAGCCACCACGGUGAAGGAGGAAGAGAUGGAGGAACCACAAAGUCACACAUCACCCACUGCAGACAGGAUGGGCACGACACCCACAGCACCAACAGAGGCGUGGUCUGGAGAAGUGCCUGGUCAGAUUGAUAGACAGGGGCAGGCCUCCUGCUACGAGGGUUCUGGCCGAGCCCCUCCCCUGGGGCCACCGCCCUCUUUGGAUCACCCAACAGUGCCUUCCACUCACAAGGAGGGAACAGAUCCAGAAUCUGCCCACCAGCAUGCGAUCAAGCGUGAGAACUACUACGUGCCUUACUGUUACUCCGGCAACAUUCAAGGAACCAAGACUCCCUGCUCAGGUGACAAACCGUACCGCUGUAAUGUGUGCGGCGCCCAGUUCAACCGACCGGCCAACCUGAAGACUCACUCUCGCAUCCACUCAGGAGAGAAACCAUACCGCUGCGACACCUGCGGCGCUCGCUUUGUUCAGGUUGCCCAUCUGAGGGCCCACGUUCUGAUCCAUACAGGGGAGAAGCCGUACCCAUGCCACACCUGUGGCACCCGCUUCCGCCACCUGCAGACCUUGAAGAGUCAUCUGCGCAUUCACACCGGAGAGAAGCCUUACACCUGCGAGAAGUGCGACCUUCACUUCCGCCACAAGAGUCAGCUGCGUCUUCACCUCCGCCAGAAACACGGGGCCGUCACCAACACCAAGAUCCGCUACAAGGUCCUGACCGAGCCCUACCAGCCUAUCCUGCAGGCCUGCUGAAGAGACUCACUAAUCACCACCAGCACGUCGGUCAGAAUAAAUAUCUAAAUCAGAAAAUGUGAAAUUUGGUAAAUUCACUCAACAUUUUUGAGGUGGUAAUUUGUAACUUUUAACAGAUUGGUUAGAUGACCAGCUUGGACAGAAAAAUGUUAAAAUGGAGAAAAGACAUUUACCAAUGGCUUUCAGCUUGGAGCUUGGAGCAAACUUACGAACUGGAGAGUUGGAGAUGAUGUUAAGAAAAGUGUUUUUGAGGGUCUGUGAAGGGACAGAAAGAAGGGAACAAGAUGUGGAAAGACUUUUUGGAUGUGUGCGCACUGAAUUUUGAAGAAAUGCGAGGAUGUGAACGGUUUGAAUGAAAGAUAAAGCAAGUUUUAUGAAGGAAAGAAGGAAGUAAAUUUGUUUGAGAAGCACUUCAUCAAUGUUAUCGUACUGAAAAUCCUCUUCUUAAAUGUGUAUUUAACUCAGAUUUAUCUUAAUCUUGAGGCCUGGGGCCUGCAUCUUUUAACAGAUUUAUAGUCCGAGCAGGCAAAGGACUGAGUUGUCUUGUAUUGAUUAUAAAGUAUAAAAAUGAAGAGGUUUUCUGACAUUCAAUAAGAUGACUGUAAGCAAUUGGAUUAUUGAUAAUAAUAUGACAUUUGUAUGAGUUCAUUUGCUGGACAAAGAUGGUUUUGUACAGUUUAAAUUAAAACAUUUUUAUAUCAAUUGGA